UCAUUCGUGCGUAAAAAUCUGUGGAGUACCUCGCCGGGAGGGGAGGAAGCGUGUUUUCAGUUAAUUUUUCCAGGCUUCUCUCGUUGUAAUUAGCCGUCACAUCGUUGGAACACCUUUAAAAAGUCGGUACUUCCGUCGGUACUUCGAGUUGUAACUGCCGGCGGUGUGGCGCAGCACUGUCAAUGCCAGGCUUAGAAUUCGUCACCUGGCAGUAGUUUGCUGGCUUACUUGUGUCUUGAGGAGAGUAGAGUCGCUAGGCAGUUGCCAAAGGAAAACAGGCAGUUGCUAACAAGUGCUUAGCAAGUCAGCCAGUUAGCCUGCCAGCUAGCCCGCUCUCCCUACUGCCACAGCAAGUCCCACCCUCACCAAGUGCGUGGACAUCGUAAGAGGCUGCAGCGGUGAAGUCGAGUGCUUUUUCCUCUGAACUUAGCCAGCAUCGCUGUACAGCUGGCUGGCGAGCUUGAACUGCCGUCUAAACAUUAGCUAGGUGACGCUAACGUAACGUUGGCUUUACGUUGUACAAGUGUCUUCUGUGGAGGGAUACGGUCGCUACACUGGCAAAGAGACUGGCUAGAAAGAAGCGGCGAAAUAAGGGAGAACAAGGAAGAUACCGAGAAGGAGGGGACUGGCUAGUUUAGCCGGGGAGACAGAAUCGCACACAGAUAGCAAACACCGCCACCGAGCCACACACAGCCAUGAGUAUUGAGAUACCGGUGGGGUUGACAGAACUGCUGCAGGGCUACACUGUGGAAGUGCUGCGACAAAGGCCGUCAGACCUGGUGGAUUUUGCAGUACAGUACUUCACCCGCUUGCGGGACACCAGAAGUCAGGAUGGGGCCAGCGCUGGUGGCAAGACGGGGAAAGGAGUGAUGUUUGAUGGGGAGCCGAUGCAAACAGAGUCCAAUGGGGAUGAUGAUGAAGAUGAUGAUUCUGACUUUGAACCUCCACCACCCAGCAGAUUCAACAGGAGAGUGUCAGUGUGUGCGGAGGCAUUCAACCCAGAUGAGGACGACGAGGACACGGAGCCCAGAGUGGUUCACCCUAAAACAGAUGAACAGCGCUGCAGACUGCAGGAGGCCUGCCGAGACAUCCUACUCUUCAAAACACUAGAUCAGGAGCAAUUCUCGGAGGUGCUGGACGCCAUGUUUGAGUUACGGGUCCAGCCCCAGGAGCAUGUCAUCGACCAGGGAGACGAUGGAGACAACUUCUACGUCAUAGAGAGGGGUGUGUAUGACAUAGUGGUAUCGGGAACAUGCGUGGGUCAGUAUAACAAUAAGGGCAGCUUCGGGGAGCUGGCACUCAUGUAUAACACGCCACGCGCUGCCACCAUCAUCGCCACCCAGGAGGGGGCACUAUGGGGACUGGACCGUGCCACAUUUCGUAGACUCAUUGUGAAGAACAAUGCUAAGAAGAGGAAGAUGUACGAGUCAUUCAUUGAGUCUGUGCCCUUACUCAAAUCACUGGAGGCAACAGAGAGGAUGAAGAUAGUGGAUGUAUUAGGAGCGAAGCAGUUCUCAGAUGGCGAGCGCAUCAUUACACAGGGAGACAAGGCUGACUGCUUCUACAUUGUAGAAAGUGGGGAGGUCAAGAUUAUGAUGAAGAGUAAAACAAAGGCGGACCAUGCAGACAAUGCGGAGGUGGAGAUAACGCGCUGUAGCAGGGGUCAGUACUUUGGGGAGCUGGCCUUGGUCACUAACAAGCCCCGGGCUGCCUCAGCCUACGCAGUCGGCAGUGUCAAGUGUUUGGUAAUAGACAUCCAGGCGUUUGAGCGCCUCCUGGGCUCCUGUAAGGAGAUCAUGAAGAGGAACAUCGCCCACUAUGAGGAGCAGCUGGUGGCCCUGUUUGGCUCCAGCAUGGACCUGAGAGACUGAGCCUCCCACACCACCCUCCGUGCCUUCUAUUACACACACACACACACACACACACACACACACACACACACACACACACACAGACAUAUGUCCUCUCUCACAUCAUGCAGUGGCUAUACAGACUCAUAAUAAGCUUUACACAGCCAUGCAAACACUUGAGAAAUUGUACUUGGCUCGCCUGCAGGUACAUAAACAGUCACACAUUAUGAACACACCCUCACACACACAUACACACACACUUACACUGACACCGAUAUAGGCACUGAGAGAUGCCCAUUUCACUUAGUCUGCUCACCCUCAUGUACAUUCUAGCUCAACACACUCCGUGAUAAGCUCACUUUGUAGAUGUACACACACACACACACACACACACACACACACGGAAAGCUAGCUAAAGGCCACACACCUUGUUGCUUGAGCCAGCUUCAACCUCUCAGUAUGAAUGUCUUUGCUGCAAUGACCUUAAUACAGGUAAAGCAGUGUAAGGACAUAAAACACACACACCUACGCAAACACUCCAUACACAUUUAAAAACACAUCAUCAUGCCUCAUAUGUGCAGGCUUUUGCAUUCACACGAGCACUUAAACAACUCAAAGUUGUUCCAACAACCAUCAGCCAAGGACACAUCAACACACACACCAAUGCUCUCACAUAAACACACACACAGACACACGCAGGGGGUACAGAUACAAAUUCUCAAAAACACAUAGGCAACCACACUUGCAAAAACGGACACAUUGUGGUAAAAUGGAGACGAAAAACUUUAAAAAUCUCUGAAAAGGAAAACGAAUCAAAAAUGCAAAAAAAAAAGUGAAAAGUUUAAAGCAGACAGAAGUUUUAGAAAUGUUUUAUGAAGAUUAAAAAAAAAACAGAAGCUUUGAUAAAAUAUUAUUUAAAUAAAAAAAGUGUUUCCUCUUCGGGAGGCCGGGGUGCAGAACUUUGUGAGAGCACUCCAUUUCUUCCUCUACUGUUGUUGAUUGAGUUGAGUUGAGUUAGUGCUGGUGAUUAUUGCAGUACCACAGAAGAAGCAGUGAAAACGAUAACAACCCUACGUUUUCUGGGCCAUUGUUAUUCUAUCAUUGACACCACACUUCGUUGUAUUGAAUUAAUUAUUAAUGUAUUGUUAUUAUAUAUUCAUUUAUUAUUUUUUGUUUUGCUUUGACCAAUUCUGAUAAAAUUCACCAUCCAUCUCUGACAAAAUGUACAAAAAAAAUCUAAUAAAAACAAUAGUGCUUAUUUCUCCUUGAUUAUCCUUGAAUGAGUUGUCCUGGAUAAAAAAAAAACUGAAAAAAUAAAGCAAACAUUUUGUUAAAAAUCU